UACAAUGUUUAUACAGAUUACUUUAUAAACCGGAUUGAGAGAGAGGUACAGAAUCUCUGUCUAUUUUCACAGGUGGAGGAGACCUCAUCGUAAGCGGCAACAAUGCCGGUCAUAAAUGUAGAAGAACUGACCGAUCUGGAUAAGGCUAAAAUGGAAGUAACCCAGCUCAAAACUGAGGUGAAGCUUGAAAGGGCGAAGGUGUCCAAAUGCUGUGAAGAGAUUUCAGAGUACAUUCAGAGCGGAGCAGAUGAGGAUCCUUUGGUCAAAGGCAUUCCAGAGGAGAAGAACCCAUUCAAGGAGAAAGGUGGCUGUGUCAUUUGCUAAUGUGGACAGAGAAACCCCCAACUCUUGCAGUUUAGUGUUCAUUGCUGCCCAUGGACACCUGCUAACAUUUAAUAAUAGCUGGAAUCACUCUGCUACCUGAAAAAGGACAAUCACAAAUAUGGAUAGAUUUUCAAUUAACUCUAAAUGGCUUUUUCUCCCUUGUAAAUGAGUCCACAGGAUCUGGACCUUCAUAUGUUGUAUAUUCCUCUUUGAAGAGCUGUAAUAAAUCAGACUACCACUGUGCACUGAUCACCAGAGACUUGAUGGACUAAUACAUGUAUUUAUUGUGUGGGCUGCCAGCCAAAGGGUAACAUAUGUGUGAUAAAACAGGGAGAAAAUGAAAUGUUCGAGCUUGUAAUUCACAUGAUAAAUCAAGGCUUAAUCGGUGGAAUAUUUCAGCUAUUCAGUAAAAUCACAUCACUCGGCAAAGGGCCA